AAUGUCAGGGUUUUUCCAAAGCCAGUUUGCCUUUAUAAAUCAGGCUGUCUUUAUAAAACUGAAAAUGGAAGCCAUUUUGUUGAUAUCUUGACUCCUGUGCACCAUCAUAUUGAGAUUCCUCUUUGCUGUCUUGGCAGCCUCUCUGCAUUUGAUCUGGUUGACCUGAACUGUUACUGUCUUCAGAAACAGAAUGGUGCUGGUUUUGGAUUAGGAAUUGUUUUCUCAGUCAUCUUCUUUAAAAGAAAGACGUGGCCUAUUGCUUUUGGGUCAGGGAUGGGGUUAGGAAUGGCUUAUUCCAAUUGUCAGCAUGAUUUCCAGUCUCCAUAUCUUCUCCAUGGCAAAUUUGUAAAAGAACAGUGACUAAUAACUAAGAACAUCCCAGUGGGACGAAAGGAGAAAUCAUGUUAUUCCUCAGGAAUAUUGAAGUGCCCCUGGAGUAAGCCAAUGUUCUUCUGAAACACUUAUCAGUUGCUCUUUCUACUCCAACAAGCUGCUUAUGUACUUGAAACAAAGUUCUGUAUCUUGUUUUGUAUUUUUCUCUCUGAAAAGUGCAAGGAGGAAUUCUUCUGAGAAAUAAAAGAAAAGUGGACACCCCUGCC